AUGCCAGGGAAGCCCAAGCACCUGGGUGUCCCCAACGGACGCAUGGUUCUGGCUGUCUCCGAUGGAGAGCUGAGCAGCACGACUGGGCCCCAGGGCCAGGGCGAGGGCCGAGGCAGCUCCCUCAGCAUCCACAGCCUCCCCAGUGGCCCCAGCAGCCCCUUCCCCACCGAGGAGCAGCCUGUGGCCAGCUGGGGCCUGUCCUUCGAGCGGCUGCUACAGGACCCACUGGGCCUGGCUUACUUCACUGAGUUCCUGAAGAAGGAGUUCAGUGCUGAGAAUGUGACUUUCUGGAAGGCCUGCGAGCGCUUCCAGCAGAUCCCGGCCAGCGACACCCAGCAGUUAGCUCAGGAGGCCCGCAACAUCUACCAGGAGUUCCUGUCCAGCCAGGCGCUGAGCCCCGUGAACAUCGACCGGCAAGCCUGGCUCGGCGAGGAGGUGCUGGCAGAACCGCGACCGGACAUGUUCCGCGCCCAGCAGCUUCAGAUCUUCAACUUGAUGAAGUUCGACAGCUAUGCGCGCUUCGUCAAAUCCCCUCUGUACCGCGAGUGCCUCCUGGCGGAGGCCGAGGGUCGCCCUCUGCGGGAACCUGGCUCCUGGCGCCCCGGCAGCCCAGACGCCACGAGAAAGAAGCCGAAGCUGAAGCCCGGGAAGUCGCUGCCGCUGGGCGUGGAAGAGCUGGGGCAGCUGCCGCCUGCUGAGGGCCGCCAGCUCCGCAAGUCCUUCCGCAGGGAACUAGCCGGCGGGACGGCCAACUCAGCUUUGCGCCGUGAGUCCCAGGGAUCGCUCAACUCCUCCGCCAGUCUGGACCUGGGCUACCUUGCCUUUACCAGCAGCAAAUCUGAGAGCCACCGGAAGAGCCUUGGGAGCUCAGAAGGUGAGAAUGAAAGCCGACCAGGGAAGUACUGCUGCGUAUACCUGCCUGAUGGCACAGCCUCCUUGGCCCUGGCCCGACCCGGCCUCACCAUCCGUGACAUGCUGGCAGGCAUCUGUGAAAAACGAGGCCUCUCUCUACCUGACAUCAAGGUCUACCUGGUGGGCAAUGAGCAGAAGGCCCUAGUCCUGGAUCAGGACUGUACCGUGCUGGCAGACCAGGAAGUGCGGCUGGAGAACAGAAUCACCCUCGAGCUCGAGGUGUCGGCGCUGGAGCGCCUGGUGCGGAUCUCGGCCAAGCCCACCAAGCGGCUGCAGGAGGCGCUGCAGCCCAUCCUGACAAAGCACGGCCUGAGCCCGCAUCAGGUGGCGCUGCGCCUGCCAGGCGAGAAGCAGCCGCUGGAUCUGGAGAAGCUAGUGAGUUCGGUGGCCUCCCAGAAAUUGGUUUUGGACACUCUCCCAGGUGUGAAGAUCCCUGAGGCUGGCGACAUACCCCCCUGCCACAGCCAGGGUGGACCGCCUAGAAUCCAGGAUAAGGCCACCAACCUCCCUCCACCGUCCCUGAACUCACUGGCCCAAGUGCCCAGUAGUAUCACUGGAAAGCGGCAGACCUGUGACAUUGAAGGCCUGGUGGAGCUGCUGAACCGAGUACAGAGCUGUGGAGCCCAUGACCAGAGGGGCCUUCUGCGCAAAGAGGACCUAGUGCUUCCAGAAUUUCUGCAGCUGCCUGCCCAAGGACCCAACUCCCAGCGGCCUGAACCCCAAGUGGAAUCAGCAGCCCAGCCCAAGGGGAGCGCCUCGGACUCCACUGUCCACUCUGCCCUCUGA